AUGGCCGACAACCUACCUCUCCAAGUCGCGGAGACGAUACAGACCGCCCAUAUCAACCGCACACCAUCCCCAACCCACGACCUAAACCCUUCCACAGCAGCCUCGGAGAAGGAGCCAGUGACAUUAGAACCCAUCUCGUCGCACGAGGACCUCGACGAUGAUGAGCUCGAUGACGAUAUCCCCUACAGCGUGCUGAACCCUAAGCCACGAACAGCAAAGCUGCCUCCCAUGCCCGACCUGCGGUUUGAGCAGAGCUACCUGCACAGCAUCUCUAAGGCAGAUACGUGGGGACGGGUAGCGUGGAUCACUAUAAGAGACCAGGUAAUGAUGCCACUGGCGCAGGGCAUCAUCUACAAUCUGUUUCUAGUCGGAUGGCAUCACUGGAAUAAGAAUGCCCAGGUCCACGGCAGCUCCAUUGGCGCAAGGGUACGCAGAUGGUGGUAUGGGGUAAACAACUGGCAGCUGCCGCCGCAAAGAAACAACAGCUGGAAGAUGAAGAAGGAAUUGUGA